AUGAGUGGGCGGAGGGAAGUAUGGGGACUUCACACACCCCGUUCUCUGUUAGCCAUCGGGGUGGAGGAGGUGUUGGCCGUCCAAUUGGGGCCUAGGAUGUGGGGCCUCCCUGCUGCUGUGGAGCUGGGGGCAGUCUGCUUGUCUCCACCGCGGGGAAAGGGUUGGGUCUCAGACUCCACCUCUUUGGGAACAUCUCAGGCCCUCCAAGGCAUGGAGGCCUGUCUCCCCUCACCACACUCCCUGCCAGUGGCUGAUGCCUCCAGGCGUCGAAGCACUGGAGUUACAUUGGCUUUGGCUAAUGGUAGUGAAAUUGUGUUUGCACCCUCCAAGACAACAUGCACUAGACCUGCAUAUGUACAGGCCAUAAUAGGAGCAACAUCUUCUUCUACAACCAUAGCAGUAGCUACUGUCAUUGGACCUUUUUUUGUACCAGUGGUUCUGCAACACAUACGGAAGAUCCAUUUCACAACUAAGGAUGGAGAUGAGGUGUACUUUAAUGAGAAUGGAGAUCCAGCAGCAAAUUAUGAAAUUAUAAACUGGCAGCCAAAAGAAAACGGCAUUGUGGAGUUUGUCACAGUUGGUCUUUAUGAUACAUCAUUAGCUGCAGAAAAGCAGCUAAAUCUGCAAAACAAGUCUUUAAUUUGGGCAAGAAACUCAAAGCAGGUGCCUGUGUCAAUUUGCAGCGAGAAAUGUCCCCCAGGAACACGCAAGGUUCUCCAGAAAGGAAGGCCUGUUUGCUGCUAUGACUGUAUAAGUUGUGCAGAGGGAGAAAUCAGCAACAUUACAGAUUCUGUCACCUGUGUGAAAUGUCUACCUGAGUUUUGGUCAAAUGAAAAAAGAGAUACUUGUAUAAAAAAGGAAGCAGUGUUUCUGUCAUAUGAAGAGAUAAUGGGAGCACUGCUCACUGCAGCAUCUUUAUUCGGGGCGUGCGUGACGAUUGGUGUGAUACUCAUUUUCUUCAAAUAUAGGAAAACUCCUAUUGUCAGGGCAAACAACUCUGAACUGAGCUUCCUGCUGCUCUUCUCCUUAAUUCUGUGCUUCCUGUGUUCUCUGACAUUCAUCGGUCAGCCCUCAGAUUGGUCCUGUAUGCUCCGACAUGUAGCAUUUGGCAUCACCUUUGUCGUCUGUAUCUCUUGUCUUCUGGGAAAAACAAUGGUUGUUUUAAUGGCCUUCAGAGCUACACGUCCAGGUAGUAAUGUUAAAAAAUGGUUUGGGCAGACACAGCAGAGACUCUGUGUUACAGCAUUCACUCUUAUGCAAGUUAUCAUUUGUACCAUGUGGUUAACAACUUCUCCUCCUUUUCCUUUUAAGAAUUGUAACGAAAUCAAAGAUAAGAUCACACUGGAGUGUGCUCUAGGCUCAGCUGUAGGCUUUUGGGCUGUGCUUGGUUAUAUAGGACUUCUGGCUAUUUUAUGUUUUAUAUUUGCAUUUUUAGCUCGAAAACUACCCGAUAAUUUCAAUGAGGCCAAGUUUAUCACUUUCAGCAUGCUGAUAUUCUGUGCAGUUUGGAUUACAUUUAUCCCAGCAUAUGUCAGUUCUCCUGGGAAGUUCAGUGUUGCUGUAGAAAUAUUUGCUAUCCUUGCAUCAAGUUUUGGACUGCUAAUUUGCAUCUUCAUACCCAAAUGUUAUAUAAUCUUAAUUAAGCCAGAGAAAAAUACAAAAAAACAUAUCAUGGGGAAGAAGGCACCAUAG